AGUACAUAGAAACGGAUAAACACGAGCAAAACAUUCCCUAUGCCAGUGCAUUAAAUUCGUUCAUAGGACGUUGAACGUAGCUUUCAGCUUUCCAGUUUCGGUAUCUGGGUAUUAACAUCGCUUGCGGGUUUCCUUGAGACAUGUUUUCGGAUUCAUCAACCGCGGCUGCAACUUUCGCUGCACUUUUAAUGGUUUUCGUCUCACGGGGUAAGUAAUACAGUCGACUCUCUCUUAACGGACACCUCUGUAAAACGGACACUUCUAGUUGGUCCCUGCCUUUCUUUACUCCCUUUAUUUGACUCUAUAAGACGGACAUCUCUCUAAGACGGACACUUAGUGCCGGUCCCAAAGGUGUCCGCUAGAGAGAGUUGACUGUAUUUUAUUUUUUAGUAAUAGAUAAGUAAUCGUAGAUACGAUUCUCAGGGGUUCGGGGCGAAAUCGCUAUGAAACGUUUCAUGCAGGAAGUUAAUUACUCAGCACUUCAGAAAUGGUCAGCCACUGAAACACUAUUUUAACACCUUGUUUUGUUUGUUGUACUAGUGGGUCAACACACUUUGCGUUGAAACAUAUUCAGAAAGGAAAACAUUUUAGAUGGGAAAGAGUGUCUAGAGUAUAUUGUUAUGUAACCGACGAUAACUUUUGGCUGUUCCUUUCAAACUUCCUGAAAAUAUUGCAAUCCUAGUUAUAGUUUCAUAUGGAUAUCCUUACUGCUAGCUUAUAUUUACAGCAAACACGGAGAACGUUUUUGCUUCCCAGCGGACAUAUCGACCUAAGUUUUUUGUGCUAGGUGACUUUUUUUACUUCCAGUGGCUGUCAGCAUUUUGCAUGCAACUUGAAUUUCGCCCAGAACUUGGUGGAAUUCAACAGGAACCUGACUUGGAAGCGUUGUCGAAUCAGUAAAAACAAAUGUAGUUUACAGUUUACUUAAUCUUACAAGGAGUGCCCGUGCAGGGGGUUGGGGGUUGGGGGAGGGCAGUAAAAUUGACAGCCAAUAACAGACCACUGUCAGUACGAUAAGUUCUAGGUCUACAGGGUAUUUUAAAAGUUCGUUCCGAUUGUAAAUGUAUUUUGCACAAAGCAUUUAAUGCUUCCUGAGGCAAAUGUAUUCAGGAAGGAAAUUUAUCUAAAUAAUUUCAAAAUAAAAUUUGAAGAAAUUAUGAUAUUUUUAAAAUUUUUUCCCCAAAUGUGCACGUACGCGAAUUUUUUCCCGCCAUAUUUUUCCUGCUUAUUUUGUAGGUUUUCUAUUUUCGUUUUUUUGGCGUUUUCUUUUGUUUUCUCUACUCUUUCACGAAAAUGAAGGCGUACACUGUUUGUGCUAGAGCUCAGGCAUCUAUUUUUACGGUACUCUGUCCAUUUAGUCAAAGAAAUUGUCAAAUUGUUGAAGAAGUCUGAACGAUGAGAGAACAAGUGGUCAAAAGUAAAGACCUUACAAGACAAACCCAGGAGUAGAUGGCCGGUUGUGUGAAAAAUGUUAUCGAAAAAGCUGUAAGUAUAUGCGUAAUAAUUCAACAAGACUGCAAAGUAAAAAGAAACCUUCAACUUCACAAUAUCAAAGUUUCGAGCACAACGGUAUGGAGAUACGUGACCAACAAAGGUUGAAAAGCCUUGAAGAGAAAAAAGGCGGUGCACACUUCAUGCAGGCAUGGCAUCAGAAGAAUUUGCAAACUUUAUACCAAAGGAAGACCGGUCGGCAAACUCACCCUCUAGUAACCAUCUGGAUAAUCGUUGAUCCGACAACAUACAAAGAUCCAGCCCCCAAAACACUGCAGUAGCUAAGACAGCGACCACGCUUCACCAGGAAAAUUGUGAGUUUAAACACGCUAUGGGAGCUCGUACAUUCUAUACCUCACCACUUAGAAAAUGUCAGAAAUCAUAAAGGAAGACAUUCUGAUUGCUAAUAUUUCAGUUAUUCAAUGUUAAAUGAAUAAUGAAUAACAUGCUUAGGUUUACAAAAGUUAUCUUUAAUAAUCAGUGAAAUUUAAGUGAAGAAAAAAUCGGAACGAACUUUUGAAACACCCUGUAGGCGUAAAGAAAUUGUCCUCUGGAAACGCAGUACUGAACUAAGAAGAUUCAUAUUUGUUCAGUGUUAUUACAAUUAAGUAAUCACAGGUUCCUAAAUUGCUUAAGAAAGUAGUUUUUAAAAAGCGGCAGCUAGGAUUUCCGUUAGGAGAUUUGUCAAUCAUUUUACAGCGAAUGACGCUAUGGCUAUAUGGCCGGUAACCGGUCAAGGUUUUCAAAACACUAAAUGACCCACAGUCCGGUAUUUUCAAUAAAUUUGACUUAUCUAAGAAUCUCAACCAAUUCAAACUAUCAUAUGUCGAUUAAGAAAAGUCAAAAGAUCCUGAAAUGCUUUAUAGAUCUCAAGUCUAGCGUUUGGUUUACGUUGGGCUCAGAAAACGAAACCAUGUUUUGUGACACUUAGAACUUUUUUCAGCUGGAUCCUCUCUUUCCCCUUUCCGCUUUCCUCUUUCCAGUUUCUCGAUUUAUCUAGGAAAGAUCAGGGGCACCAAACGGGAAAUUUUGAGAAAAAGACCUAGAAACAACAGCAAAGCGUGAAUAAAGUUUUCUGAGACUAUUUUAAGCAUUUUGGGAGAUUGCUGGAAAAAAUUAUCUGUUCCUCACUCCCAGCAAGACUGAUGGAAGAGUUCCCAGCCAGCAAACUUACAACCUGCAACCUGACUUACUGGGAAGUUUCAUAGGGCACAAUUCAGAUCUUGAGUGGUAAGUAACCCAUACAAGCAACCCGUAGCAGCUAUUCUAGACUUCAAAUCCCCUCUGACACCCUGAAUUAUCUUUUUCCCAGCAACACUUUCCUUCCAGGGACUAUUAUUUCUUCCACAUCUCCCAGCCAGCAAAAAUGUGCCUGAAGAACAGAUAUUUUGAGGAACAGAUCCAUUGGGUGCCCCUGAAAGAUCGAAGCGACUCUGCUAGCAGAGUAGACUGCUGGUCAUUUAGUGUUAAAAAGCCAAUGUUGAAAAAAUUUUAAAAACAUCAAAAGACUAAAAAUAACGGUGAUUAAUCGAAAAAUACAAAAUGGACAAAUAUCUAGUAAUCACUAAUUAGUCAAAGUAAAACAAAAUUAAAACUUCCUGCUCCCACUCGCCAUUUCCAUUACUUAUUUUCUUUUUAACUAGAAUCUUUUUUCAGAAGCUGGGUGCAAAUAUCGUCACGGCUAUCUAUGAUCGUUCCUUUUGAACUUCUCUCAGGAGAAGCAACAUCGAUGUGCUCGGCGUAUCACAGCGUUUUCACUCGCGUUUUCAAUGCCCUCAAAGACGGAGCGAAGCUUCUUUUUUCGCGGGAAAAACUGCUUUAAACUUUAUUAGUUUAUUUAGUUAUCCGAAAAAUGUAACGAUUAAAAAACCAAACUUCUUCCUUUAUACUUUGACAGGUGUGUCCGGACAGAGUACCUCACUGACCCCCACACUAUCAGUGACUCCGUCCUCUAUGUCGACCCUGCCCAUAUCAUCACAGGAUAUAUCUACCACAACAACCUCUGCUACAGCAGCCUCCACAGAGGUUAUCAGCUCGACACCAUCUGGCCCCUCGACGAGUGCGUCUGUAACCGCCACGAAUCCGACCAGUGAGGCUACGACUGAAGCGCCAACUACGACUGAGGCGCCCUCCUCCUCAAAGAGUAAGCCACCUCAUUAAAGACAACAGCGAAAACGUUGGAACAUAGACCUAUUCGGCUAACCCAAUGUUGAACCCAAUUCAAAUCUCCCGGGGAUAAGAUUCUUUGUGUCUUGUAUUUGCAUUAUAAUGUGGCAUUCACAUUUAAAUGAUAUGGAAAUUACUGAAACAAAACGUUUUAUUCCCAAAGGGUUCGAAUUGGGUACAACAUUGAGUUAGCCGAAUAGGUCUAUUAUACUCUGGGUAUUGUUAAUCUUGACAUGGUAAUAAGGUAUGGGGGAUCGCUCUGGCCAGGGACAAGCCCAAGACUAGGCGAAACUAGAAAAGGGCAAAAUUAACACCGACUUACUCGUCGGGUGUUAGCUAGGUUAGUCGUAAAGCUCUUUUCUUCGAGGGAUCAAAUGGAGUGAGUGUAAACUCUUUUAUUUUGUGUUCACAUUUCAGAAUCCCUAUAUAACUGGUAACAGGUCAAGGUUUUCAAAACACUAAAUGACCACAGUCCGGUAUUUUCAAUAAAUUUGACUUAUCUAAGAAUCUCAACCAAUUCAAACUAUCAUAUGUCGAUUAAGAAAAGUCAAAAGAUCCUGAAAUGCUUUGUAGAUCUCAAGUCUAGCGUUUGGUUUACGUUGGGCUCAGAAAACGAAACCAUGUUUUGUGACACUUAGAACUUUUUUCAGCUUCCUCUCUUUCCCCUUUCCGCUUUCCUCUUUCCUCUUUCUCGACUUAUCUAGGAAAGAUCGAAGCGACUCUACUAGCAGAGUAGACUGCCGGUCAUUUAGUGUUAAAAAGCCAAUGUACCUCAGUGAGCCCUAUACUAUCAGUGUCUCCAUACUAUGUCGACCCUGCCCACAUCAUCACAGGAUAUAUCUACCACAACAUCUUGUUAGAGGGAUCAAAGGGAGCGCGUGUAAACUCUUUUGUGUUGACAUUUGCAUAUUCCCUAGAGUGGCGAAAUGUGAUCCAAUCGCAGCCUGUGUGCGGCCGUCCCCUCCCCUCAGUAACAAACAUGCAAUCCAGUCACUGAUCACGAUAGCCUAUCAUGCCGAUAUGAAUAUUAUUCCAGCCGGGAAUGAACAGUGCCUCAACCAUACAAAAUUUUGCGACUUUGCGAUGCUUUAUGAAUUAUCUUCGUUGAUGGAUACAUGUAUAUCGUUUAUAGUAGAAAGUGCACUUAGCUUAUCCAGCUAGUUUACAGGCACUCCACUUAAAUAAUUCUGAAACACUGAUAAUGCAAAUAAAACAUAACAGGAUUAAAAACCCCAACAAGCGGUAAGCAACCAGUUGGCUAUUUACAAGCGUGGCUGAGGACUUGAACUAGAGACGACUUAGAACAAAUCCAGCAAGUGGCCAGAGCGGGACUCGAAACCCGGGACUGCUGAAUUGGGAGUCCGACGCUCUGACCAUUCGGCUACACUACCUCCCAUUUAGUUUUCAACAAAUCACUCUCAAACUUGGUAAAUUUACUGAUUUAGGGCGUUCUUUCCAGCCGUGUUGUCGGAUUGACCAUAACUGAAAACCAAAUAAAUUGAAAACCAAAACUGAAACCGUAGAAGGGUCACUGUAUUCAUGUCCUCAUUAUUAUUAUUAUUUUUUUUUUUCAACUGCAUUCUAUUAAUUUUCCUUUUCUGAAUUUUUCUUUGACAUUUGCGCAUUAUAUGUUCCUAGCAUGUGGCUGGGUGAUCGUGGUCUGGAAGAAAAGCUGGAAAAGCAUGUACAAAGAUAAUCAACAGUUCAUUAGCAACACCACGGAAAAACUGCAAAUGUCAUUAGUGAGUAAUCUUAUAUAAUAAAUCUCUGUUUGUUUCCUUUGUUCCUUUUUGUUGGUAUGUUUCAGGUGAAUAUAGCCUGCGUAGCAAGCGUUUCUGUGCGGUUUAGGAGCAAAGGACGAGGAACAAGAGUCAAAGACCGCGGGAAAAAUAGGAAAUAGGGUAAGGGCUCUCGUUUCAUCUCUCGCGCUGUCAAAACCGAAAAUCUCGUUCCUCGGUCUUUUUUUGCUCCGAAACUAAACGGAAACGCUUGCUACGCAGGCUAAGGUGAAUACUUCAGUUGUAUCCGAUGUAGGAAAUUUAUAGAGCUAGUCCUUCUUGAUUUUCAUUUUAGUUCCAUAUUCCCAUACUAUACUGAUACUUUCUCUUUAAUAGUUGUUGCAAAACCUAUCAAAUAUUAGAGGAAAACGGCUGAUAGAGUCUAGUGCGUAUCUUAAUUUUAAAAGCUAACGAAGGUCGAAGCAACUCAUCCCUGUUUGAUUAGCUACAGGGCCUCUUUUCAGGGAAGUGGGGAACCCCAGGUAUAGGUGAGGUAACUCGUUUAGGUUUGGAUAAAGCGCCUGACCAUUUUUAUUAUAAUCUCAUUAUAAUUUGAUCUGAAACAAGACCAGUCUUUGACCUCCCACAAGGCUACCACUAUCCGGUGACAAUGCCCUGACAAUCCUUCCGUUUUUAGUAAGAACAAUUUUUGAUAACGGGAAACGAUUCAUCUACCACUGGAUUGACUUAUUGUUUGAAACUAUUGCACUAACACUUCUCAUCGUGUUAUUGACCGAGGCGUUAUUCCAUCAUCAUUUUUCAAAGCUGGGACCAUUGUUUGAUCUAUCAACGUUUUCUGUUAUCAAAUGAGGUUUUCCUAAAGCUCCAGGGAGAACCAUCGAAUAUCGGUCAUACAAACAUUAUUCAAAGCAGGAAUUUGUGAAUGACUUGAAACAAAUUGACUGGAACCAAGCUCUAAACAAGCAGGACGUUGACUCCGCGGUCAUUGAUUGAAACAAUCUUUUUACUCAUGUUACCGAUAGUCAUGCUCCAAUGAGGAAAUCAAGAAUUAAAGGGGUCCGUUCUCCCUGGAUAAACGUACAGCUAUCUGAAGCUAUGCACCAACGUACGAGAUUAUUACCAUCGUAAAGCCCUGAAAACAAAGUCUUCCAAUCAUUGGUCACGCUAUAAGGAACUUACGAACUACGUACUAAGGAGACAAAGAGAUGUAAAUCGGAAUACUAUUCUGAGCUUAUUACCGAAAACAAAUCUAAUCCAAGUGCAUUAUGGAAAACUCUAAACGACAUAACAUCUCGCAAAGAAAGAAUUCCCAUCUCCUGCAUUGAGGCCGGCGGUGUUCAAUACUGCAGCAAUAAAGCUAUCGCCAAGAUUCUCAAUGAACACUUUUCAACAAUUGGAACUAAACUGGCGCAAAAGCUCAAGUCUUGUAGAUCCCACAUCUACGCGGCGCCUACGGUUAACUCGAAUCUACCCCAUGAAUUUGCUUUCGAACCAAUGACGGAAGACUUCGUUCUUCGUCAGCUUAAGCAGCUCAAAACCAAUAAAGCCAUAGGCCUAGAUAAUAUCAGUGCUCGUCUACUGAAAGAUUCAGCCUCAGUAAUCAGUGCCAGUCUUACUAGAUUGUUUAAUUUUUCCCUGGAACCUCGCACUUUUCCUUCUAUUUGGAAAUUUGGAAAAGUGGCAGCGUUAUUCAAGAAAGGUGAUCGCUGUGACGCUAACAAUUACAGACCCAUUACUGUGCUGCGAACGAUCAGUAAAAUUCUAGAAAAAGCCGUGCACACCCAACUUUACGCUUAUCUUAAGAACAGUGGUAUCCUUACAUCUAAGCAAUUUGGGUUCAGACCGAAGUUAUCAACUGAAACAGCCUUGGCUCAUUUCACAGACAAUAUCCUCCAGAAUAUUGACGCUGGCUCCUUUACAGGUGCUGUUUUUCUGAACCUGUCUAAGGCUUUCGAUACAGCGGGUCAUCAACUGCUGCUGCAAAAGUUGACGAACAUCGGUCUUACCACCUCUACCACCCAGUGGUUUUGAUCGCACCUCACAAUGCAAACAGGUCGCAAAUUACAUCGGUUGGAGAUGCUCACUCUGCAUCUACCGAAAUGCCUCUUGGAGUAUGGGUUUACUUUCCUAACCGGGGUGGGAUUCGUGUUAGUACAUUAAACUCGAGCCAAGUUUUUGGUUUUUGUUCACGUGCUUUGCGAUGCUUUGUGACCUUUCACUAAUCCACCGUACAUCCGGGAUGGCGAGAUCGUAAGAUUACAUUGUUAAGUGAAAUCUAAUAAAACAAAAUAAUAAUAAUAAUAAUAAUAAUAAUAAAAAAACAGCAGUUUAAUUAAAAACUCCUGUUGUAUUUUUACCCCACCCGAGCAGGUUAUUCGCAUGUGCGUGUACUGACAGAACGUGUCUUUUUACGCUCCCAGUAAUAGACACGUCUUCAUACUACCUGCCUCGAUUAGCUCCGCUUUUUUGCAGGUAGUCUGUAUUUGUAAUAGCCUGAAUUUCAUCCGAUUGCUUCGAGUCGUUUUCUCCUCUCAGCAACGACGUUACUGAGGGAGUAAUAACGAUUCGAAGUAAUCGGAUGAAAUUCAGGCUAUAUUUGAAAUUUAUUUAUUGUGAAUAUAAACAAAUAAAGCUUGAUUGUUUCAAUCUUAAGUGUUUUUUUUACCUCACCUACCUAGCAUGGGUUUCCCCGCCUCCAUAUAAACUGGCCUAAAGCUAAGACAAAAGUAAGUAUGUUUAUAGGCGGAACGUUUGAGUCAGCUCGAAAAAAAAAGUUUGAUUAUUUAUUUUUUUCAGGAGCAUGGCUUCUUUAAUGAUUCCAGCAAAUAUGGCCAUGUAAAGGUAUCAGACCUACAGGUUGAUGACAAAGACGGAGACGUUAAUGUGACGUUUAAGCUGUGUUUAGUUCUAAAAAACAAUGCGCAUGCUGGCUACAUUGAAGAUGUGAUUAAAAUGUGGAAAACGUUUGGGAACGAGAGCAUCACAGGUCACGAAUUUCUGGCUGGUGAGUGCAUUUGUUGUUGCAAUGACUAACAGACCUUUUUACCGAUACGGAGGCCAUAUUGAAUUAAUUUGAUUAAUUAAGGAGUAUUAUAGGAUGCCCAGGGGGCAUGAGCACAUUUUGUUUCUAUUUUCAAGCGCUUUUCAGGACAUUUUUUCUUAAAGUUUUCUUAGAAUAAGAUUGUAAUGGGAAAAAAGAUCCUUGUGCCGUGUUUGGAUGUGACAAUGAUCGCCUUUUUCUAGUUUAGUAUUAGAAAUAUGGUCUUUCACUGUAAAUUUCUCGGGAAAAAGGCGAUCAUUAUUACAUCCAAACACGGCACAAGGAUCUUUUUUCCCAUUACAAUCUUAUUCCAAGAAAACUUUAAGAAAAAAUGUCCCGAAAAGCGCUCGAAAAUACAAACGAAACGUGCUCAUGCCCCCUAGGCAUCCUAUAAUACUCCUUAAAUCGAAUUAAUUCAAUGCGGCCGCCGUAUCGGUAAAAAGGUCUAGUUACGUUCACUAUACCGAACACGAAAAGCUAUCCGGAAUAGUAUGGACAGCAACCACCAGCAGGGACUGGAACGAGUCGUUCACACUUAUCGAACAUCGUCCUAAAGCGGUUGGUCGAGAGGGCUUGGUGCACUAUCUCAAUCGUCACUUUUCCUCACCAAGAGGGUUCCAGUCCUCGCUCCUACCCAUUUACUUCUGCAACGGUCCGAAUAGCUGUUUACAUUGCGACAAGGAGUGGAAGAAACCUGUCUGAUAUGUGACGAUCCACUUUCAAUAUCAGUAAGCACUCUCGUUCCCAGAACCUCCUGGGGGCCUGAGCACGAGGACGAGGAGGCUCUGGGGACACAGGAUUUAAAGUCCUAGAUUUUUGGACUUCCGGUCUUUUCCGAAUCAAAAGUAAGUUGGGGGAUUGUCUUUUAAAAGCUUUGAAUCACUUAUAUUUACAGUCAUUGACACUUGGGGAAGAGUAAAUGAGAAAUCAUCUUCCUUACGUGUGGACAAAAGCCGUAUCCGUUAAGGUUUUCGUGCUGUUGCAAGAGCUAUCGAUAUCCUGUGUAGUGUGAGCAUAGCAUCGAUCAGGCACCGGUUACAACUGGUUAAAGCUAAUACAGGAAUUCUAUGAUCCGUGUACACUUAUUCAUCCUUAUCACCACCCCUUCAACUUCUAUCCCUGUCUCAAAACGCUUUCAACGGCAUAUAUAACGUUUCUUAUUCUGCAGAGGUAACGUUUAAGGACUGGAAAGCUAAGGACGGCGAGUGCAGCAAAUGUUCAAGUGGAGGGGCUGGACCAAUCACUCUUGAGAGAGAAUGUAAACCCAAAAAAGCUGAAUACAGUUGCGAUGGUGUGAAGACCUCGGUGGAAUCCCAGGACUGUUUAAAAUACUGCGAUUCGAAGGCUGGUAAGUAAAAGGCGCGGGCAUACGUUACGUAACGGGAUGUAUGAUCUGACCGAGAACUAACUACUAUAUAGUUUACAGGCCCUAUAGAGUGUUUUCACUCACGUGGCCAGCAUCUAUGCAAAUUUAUUACAACAAAAGAAAACGUUUGCAUAACGAAAGAGUUCAACUCUCACAGGGCCCGUUUGGGAAACCAACAUGGCCUCCGUUUCAUUGUUUUGGGACACCAAUAUGGCCGCCAUGAAGUCAUGUGACAACACUCUAUAUUCUCUUUUUGAGACCCAGUUUUGAACGGACAAAUUCUUUACCUCUGCAACCCGUUUAUACGGAAUUGUCCAAAUUCUGUUACAGAUUGCAUUACUGUUUAAAGCUCAAAAACUUGCACGGUUCCGGGAGUUUCGUAUAAAUGAAAGACUGAUCCGUGAAACUUUUUGCCCGUUCAAAAUUUGUCCGAACCCUCGUAAAAGGGGUCUAGGAAAUUGGGUUUGGUGCCGCUCCUUCAUUCUUAUUUACUGCGGUUAAGCCUCACAAUGAGAUCAGACUGGCUGGCAAAGGCCACACACACUUAUAUACGCAAGUUGCAAAUGGAGUCUAAUUAACGCUUCCAUUAGACCUUUUCGUUCGGGCUUGGUUCAAACAAAAGAAAACAAUUAUCAACAAACUACUUCGUAUAUGCUGCUGAUUGUUCCAGGCAAAUCAGUUCUGUACUAAAUGAAGUUAAGGAGUAACAACUUAACAUUGAUUUAACGUAUGGGACGAAUGCACCUGAUACGUACAUACUGGCUUGGCAACAAUAUGUCAGCUCAAUUUGGAUGGGACCGGCCUGUUUUUCUUUCAUUCUAAUGAUAACUUUUCCUUUUACCUUCAGCCACCCGGAAGUUUACGUCCGUUUUCUUAUUGCUGGCGGUACUCAUAUCUUUCAGGUAUGCUUCAGUUGAUUCCGCUAUUAUCCUUCUUCCCUGUCAUAGGUCAACUAAUAUCAAUUAUUAUAAACUGUACUCACUUCUCUUUUCUCAUUGGCUAAGAGCCUACAGUUAAUUUAUUUUGGAAAUCAGUGCAACCUACAGAUUAGUUAGUUAUCUGCUAGCAAAUUUUUUGGAAAAAUCUACGUGAAAACGGAUGCAACAAGUCCCAUGCCAACAUUGUUGCGCUAAAAGUGUGACUAAUUUCAAACUUUACGCAACAACUCCCAACAAAAUGACACAACAUGCAACAGGGUGUGAAACACAACAUGUAACAUCCAACAAUGUUGCGUCGGUUUGCACGGGCAACCCUUAAUUUCUAAGAGCUGAAUGUCAAACUAUGUUCCGUGCGAUGCUGUCUUUGUCCUUAUUAUUUUCUUCGAACCAAUGUCAGCCUAGGCCUUCCGCUUGGCUGAUAACACCUGCCUUGACCUUAAUUAUGCCGGAUACUACCAAAACGUCAUCCAAUAAUUGUUUAAAAUGGGUAAAAAACUGAGGCUAUUUUCUUUCUCUUUCAGUCCCAGCUUUACUAUCUGGGAGUGAGUCAUUCCCCUGACGGACGGGCAUCAAGCAAGUCAUCCAAUUUUGAGUGAAAAAAGUAUCUUUUUAGGCCUUUUGUUAAGGUUACACUAUCCUUUAUGCAAUUUUCGUUUUUUUGUAUCACACCAUUUUGUAAAGAAUAGCGAAUAGAUCUUUAUUUGUAGUCAAGCUGAAAUUCCACUUACACAAUUCUUUGUACAUUAACAUAGUUUCCCUCGCUCCAAAAAAGAAUUAUGUCAACUUAACUUGUAAAAAUGGUAUUUUUAAGUCUGGAUUGCGGCGUGGCAUAAUGGUUGGCAAGUUUAUAAACGACCCACAUUUUACUUUACAGACCUCUUUUCAGAAAUGUAAUAGAUCUAUAUUAGGGGAAGUGUAAGCUUCGUCAUUUUUUAUGGCUUUUGUUCCGGCUAAGAUUGCCCAGUUUUGAAAAAGCUGUAAUUUCAGCUUUCGACGUUUGGAUAUCUUAAGGACUUGAGACUGAAGCAGUUCUCCUAUUUUACUUGGAAAAAAUAUUUUUCAGGAAAAUGCCACUAACAUGCUCGAAUAGUGCUUAAUGCUUUUGCCUUUCUAAAAUACUCGAUAAAAUGCCAGCGAAAUAUGUGCAAAAGCCUGAUCUCUCUGCAUUUGGCGAUAUUGUUUGUUUGUUUGUUUUUUUUUUAUCGUGGUAGACGUUUUGCAGCAAUGCAACUCAAUGUAAAGUUUCGAAGGAAAGAAGAAAUGCUUCCCCAAAAUGAUUGA